AUGAACACUCCUCCAAUUGGGCCCGAGGAACUAACUAACAUUGCCGCAAGUGUACGGCUUUCCGGUGGGCGAAAAAACGACCGCCGCAACACGAGAUCCGGUCAAAUCGAACGGUGCUCGCGUGCUGUGCUGGUAGCUCAGCCCGAAUCCGGAUCUUUUGUGAAGUACGCGAGUGUGGUUGCUUAUAUUCCGACUCAGACAAUGGCUGAUGAUAACGUUGGUAACGCGGAGCAGAAAAUUGAGAAUUUGGGUGGGAGAAGAGUUAAGAAACUAGGGUUUGUGGGAGAAGAGAGUCUGGUUGUAUGCAAACAGAGAGAGAUUGUAUAG